CGCUCUCGCACGAUCAAGCAUCAGCUGUGCAGAGUCUUCAGGAGGGAGUUGGGAAAUUGAAGUCACAGUCAUUCGAGUAUAAAUUCACAUCGGGUGACCCAUCAUCGGUAUCAUACCUCAGCCAAGCAUCCAGUGUGUAGCAUCGCAUCACAGCACAGUCCUUUUCGCGGCAUCCAAACAUCCCAACGCAGCCAGGAUAACUAUUCCCGUGCAGCAGUGUUCGUCAUCAGUGAUAUUACAAAACAAUCAUGAAAUUCGUCGUACUACUUGUUGCCGCACUCGUUGCCGCUUCCACGGCCCAGAUUCGGCCACUGCCCAUUCCGCUCGCGAGAAAUCCAGCCGUUUACGGUGGUCCCGAAGCGAGCGCCGUCAUCCUGAACCAGGUGUACGAACCCAACCCGGACGGUUCGUACAUCUACAGCUACGAAACGAGCAACGGCAUCCGGGCCGAGCAGCGUGGCUUCCUGAAGAACCCUGGAACGCCCGGUGAGGCGCAGGUCAUGCAGGGUUCGUACUCUUACACCGGUCCGGACGGUGUGGUAUACACGAUCAACUACAUCGCCGACGAGAACGGAUACCGUGCCGAGGGGGCCCAUAUUCCGUCCGCGCCCCGGUACAACCCACGCUAUCCUGGCCAGUUCCAGUAGG